UUGUAGCAUCCACAGUCUACCUCGCCACAAACGCACCAAUCGCGAUUCAAAGCCGUCUUGUUUUUCACGAUUUAUGGAACCUGCAGAGCUAGCUAACUACGCGAAGCAAUGGCGGGAGCUUCAGAGCAGGGCCUUAUCAACUCCGUCGCACGGAGGAUGGCGUCCAUUGCAAACCACCUCUCUCCGGCGCAACCAAGUCCGUCCUCUCCUCCUUCAAUUCGCUCCUCGAGUUGCAGCUCUUCCAUGAACGAUAGCUACCACAAAGUUCACGGCGAAGUCCCCAGUCACGGGCCCGUUUGGAGAUUGGUUCCUUCGGAUGAGUCUGGCAAAGAAUUCACUGAUAUCAUCUACGAGAAGGCAGUCGGGGAAGCCAUUGCUAAGAUUACCAUUAAUAGACCAGAAAGGAGAAAUGCUUUCAGGCCUCACACGAUCAAGGAACUUAUUCGUGCAUUUAAUGAUGCCAGGGAUGAUGGUUCUGUGGGGGUCGUCAUCCUCACAGGGAAGGGGACUAAAGCCUUCUGCAGUGGCGGUGAUCAGGCAUUAAGAAAUAAGGAUGGCUAUGCUGAUUAUGAAAAUUUUGGCCGUCUCAAUGUUUUGGAUUUACAGGUUCAGAUUCGUCGACUACCAAAACCAGUAAUUGCGAUGGUUGCAGGUUAUGCUGUUGGGGGAGGAAACGUGUUGCACAUGGUUUGUGAUCUCACAAUUGCAGCCGAUAAUGCUAUAUUUGGUCAGACCGGACCAAAGGUAGGGAGCUUUGAUGCUGGCUAUGGGAGUUCCAUUAUGUCCCGUUUGGUUGGCCCAAAGAAGGCUCGUGAGAUGUGGUUUUUGACAAGGUUUUAUACGUCUACUGAAGCGGAGAAAAUGGGACUUGUAAACACUGUUGUGCCGCAACACUUCCAGUAGAAGAAGCAGAGCGUUUGGACUUUGCACUCAAGUUGCUUUGUUCAAUAAACUCAUGCAUUAUGUGGUUGUCUUUCAUCAGUUAGAUAAGCUGGAACAAGAAACUAUAAAAUGGUGUCGUGAGAUGCUAAGAAAUAGUCCUACUGCUAUUCGGGUCCUUAAAUCAGCUCUCAACGCUGUCGAUGAUGGACAUGCUGGACUUCAGGGGCUGGGAGGAGAUGCAACACUACUAUUUUAUGGAACUGAUGAAGGCAACGAGGGAAAAAAUGCCUAUGUGCAACGCAGAAGACCCGAUUUCUCUAAAUUUCCAAGAUUACCUUAGCAUUGUAUAUUACAGAGUAUCUACAUUCUCAGUAGUUCCGGGUUUAAUUCAUCAUUUGUUGAAAAGAAAUGUUGGUUACUGAUUAUUAUUACCACUGAAAUAAAGGUUAUUUACAAAAAAUGUAACAUAAGUUUAUUGACUAUAGUAUUAACUUUCAAAUAAGCCGUUGUACUUUAUCAAAAACAGAAAAAUCCUUGUACUUUCAAAAACCCCAAUCACCCCCCAAAAGUUGUAAAAAAAACACCCAAUUCCUCUAGUUUAAAGGUUACUCUCCGGUUUCU